GAUAACCAUAGUCUAGUUUACUCUCUGCGGAUUGCAAAACCUACACGUAGUUCUUCUCCCUGCCCUUUGCAUUUAAACAGCUUUUUUGGAGCAGAAACGCAUCUAACGAAACUCAAAGAGGUAGUAGUUGCGUUCAAUUCAGCUUCUCCUCGAUCAUGCCGUUUCAAUUGCAGCGAAUUACCAAAAGAGUGUUGAUCGGCAAUGGACUGCGCUAUUCGUGUCAGAGAAGUUUCGUGACGAGCUGCAAGGGAGUGUUAUUACCGCGGUUCGGCGGGCCUGAGGUUCUGGAAUUCCGUGAUAAUUUGAAUGUGCCCGAUCUCAAGCCUAAUGAGGUCCUCGUCCGUGCUCGUGCUGUCUCUGUGAAUCCUCUUGACUGCAGAAUGCGUGAGGGCUAUGGCCGGUCACUAUUCGAACCACUCCUGCCACUAAUUCUUGGCCGUGAUAUUAGUGGCGAAGUUGCGGCAGUUGGAAGCUCUGUCCGUUCACUAAGUGUUGGGCAAGAAGUGUACGGAGCUUUGCAUCCUACUGCAGUGAGGGGUACUUAUGUUGAGUAUGCAAUUCUUGCAGAGGAUGAGCUUAUCUCAAAACCAGAAUCCCUUUCACAUGUGGAAGCAAGUGCUAUACCUUUUCCUGCAUUGACUGCUUGGCGUGCACUUAGAGAUACAGCCAAUAUAAAACAGGGACAAAGGGUGUUGGUGAUAGGCGGGGGAGGAGCUGUAGGCUUUUCGGCUAUUCAGCUUGCUGUGGCUGUCGGUUGUCAUGUCUCUACAACUUGUGAAAAGAAAAGUAUUGACCGUAUCUUGGCAGCUGGUGCUGAGCAGGCUGUUGACUUUGCAACUGAGGAUUAUGAAGCAUCCAUUAAAGGACAUUUUGAUGCUGUAUUGGACACAGUCGGAGUACCUGACACAGAAAGAAUAGGUAUCAAUCUUUUGAAGAGAGGUGGCCAUUACAUGACACUGCAGGGAGAAUCAGCUUCCUUGAGUGAUAGAUAUGGACUAGCAAUCGGCAUUCCUGUGUCAACAGCUGUUUUAUUGAAGAAACAAAUGCAGUAUCGAUAUUCUCAUGGAAUAGAAUACAGUUGGACUUAUAUGAGAGCUGAUGCCGAGGGUUUAGCUGAAAUUCGGAGGCUAUCUGCAGCUGGGAAGCUGAAGGUACCUGUGGAGAAGACAUUUCCGAUUUCUCAAGCUAGGGAUGCCCAUGAGGCCAAGGAUAAGAGGCUUAUUCCAGGUAAAGUUGUUCUCGAAAUCGACUAGCCCUGCCCUUCUGCUCUUAAUAUGAUUGAGGAAUUUUGACUUGAAACUGAAAAUGUGGUGUCAACAUGUAUGUAUAUUCUGAAUAGCAUUUUCAGUUUUGUAUACUAGAUGAAAUAAAGUCGAAUGUUUAAGCAAGUGAUCUCUGAGAUUACCAAUUGAAAGGGAAAAGAGAAACAAAUGCUGAUAUGUGUGUCUCUGAGUUUGAUUAACUAACCCUUUUAUUAUU